CUCGUUCUCGGCGAACUUGCAAGAGGGCAAGCGGGCGCAGGUGAGCUGCAGCGUGGCCUCGGGCGACAUGCCCGUGCGGUUCGCGUGGCUCAAGGACAACGCGCCCAUCGCUGCGGACCUGCAGGUGGAAGAGCGCGCCGCGGAAUUUUUCAGCAACCUCGUAUUCAAAGAGGUGUCCGCGCGCCACAGCGGGCGUUACACCUGCGUGGCGUCUAACAACGCCGCCAAAGUUAACUAUACCGCCGAGCUGGUGGUCAAAGGUAACGCGGCGACUGCACCGCACGCUAGACGCACGCUUGCACCUCGGAGCGUUACAUGUUGGUUACACGGAUCGAGCACCUCAGCACGCCAUGCACCAUCCACCGCUUUUGUGCACAAUUUGUGGCCCUCAUUCAGAAUCUACACUAAAAGGACAUGUUUGGAAAUUGUUUUAUCCUAUACAGGAAUACUGUGACAAGGAUAACUCUAUUUCUAUGCGUGUCAAUUUGGGUUUAAAGCCUAGCAGACCAUGGACAUUUUAUCGCUCGGUAGUUUGGUCGGAUGAAACAACUGCGCUAGAUCGACUUAAUUGGGUGAUCGGCAGCAUCUGUACAAUUUCUGGUGAUACAAUUAUCUAAACUUCAUAGGCCAUCAAAUAGCUGUUGCAUAAGCGAUUGUUUAUAGUUGUUUCUUUUAGCGAGACUACUUUUGCAACAAUUUAUACAACAGCUAAAUGAAAUACAAUGGUUUCCCUGUCGCGUUAGGAAGUACACAAACUAACCAAAGGAUUGUUAUCACGUAGCUUUUUAAUCUAACCAAACUAUCAGCAUUUAAAAGUCUAUAGUGUGUGAUGACACUUAAAAUUCUGAAUAGGCCUAUUAUAUCAUUAUGUUCUCUGAAAUGUCCUGUAUUAAAUUUAAUUCAAUGUUUUUCGUUAAACUUAAUGUUUUCAUCAGACCAUGAAAUCAUGUGUAUAAUUGUUUACUUUAAUUACGCUCGUUUUAAGUCAUAAAUUGUUUUUAGUAAUGUUAGUUAAGUGUAAACUCUUUGGAACAAUUUCUCGUUGAGUAAGUAUGUAGAUACUUACUCAACGAGAAGAUAGUAUAUAAAAUACCUACUCCGUUGGCAGCAUUGUAAUACGGUUCAGAGAGUAUGGUUGCCAAUAAAAUUCCAGGCACACGAGAUUUAAUAGCUAAUGCUUCAAAUUGACAAGAGCAGGACCAGAUUUUAGGACAUAUUCCGUGGGUACCUACCCCACAGUGUGAUUCUCUGAUUUAAGUGAUACUUUCAAUAUAAGUAACAUAUUCUGCUUGUUCCGUCAAUCCUUGUUCUUACAGAAAUAAAAGUACCUACCAUACCUCAAUUAAAAAUUCAAUCGCAAAGUUUUAUCUUUCAAAUUUAACCCCAAGAACAAACUUUUACUUUUAAAUUUCAGUGUUUCUGUUUAUUUUAAUCUAAAAUUCCCUCGAGGCUUUUAGAAAGUAUUCUUUGAUGGGAAUCAAUCAAAGUCGUAAAAGUAAUUGAACUUAUGGGGUAUAGUAAGCCGUAAAGGCGAAACUUUUUUGAAUAUCAAAUUCCAACAUUUAACUGUGUUUUGAAUUCUCUCAGUGUAAACGGUUGGCUACGAUUCAUUGAUUUACAUCGAACCCUAAUUGAACACUCCUAAAUAAACAUCCCUUCGUUAUACCGCAAUGUAAUUCCGUUUUUUGUUCCGCUCUACAAAUCUGGAUUACAGAUGGCUUUGAGGAACGGGUAAUUUCUCUACAACAGCUUUUUUGUAAUGUUUAAGUAAUUUAAGAAAGUACGUAGUGUUUUUUAUGAUGAAAGGACUUUAGCAGUGGUAUAUUAUUUAUUUCUUUGUUCUUUACAAAACGACAAUAUUUUGUUUAAAGUUAAUACAAAAAUAAAGGUUAUACGUAAUGAAACUGUCAUAGUUUCUAGAAUCCCUAUUAUAAAAAAAUUUUAAUAAAAAAAAUUCAACCGACUUCCAACUCAAAAAUUAACCUAAACUAAAAGCAAAAAAUAACAUCUUACCUAUGUGCUACCUUCUGAUCAGUUUGAAGGCGGUGCCAAGCCAGUGAUGUUUUAAUUCAAGCCGUUUAAAUUAAACAAUUUCUGUGGUUCUUUCAGAAACGGCUUUAAUUAAAACAUGACACUGGAUUGGCACCGCCUUCAAACUGAUCAGAAGGUAGCACAUAGGUAAGAUGUUAUUUUUUGCUUUUUAGUUUAGGUUAAUUUUUGAGUUGGAAGUCGGUUGAAUUUUUUUUAUUAAAAUUUUUAUUUUUUAAUUUUUAGUGUUAGCACACCUAACUGAGUGUGAACAAAAAUUAAUGAGCAAUUAGUUGAAACGUUAUUUUUUUAUGAUAAGUAUCUAAGUCCUACAAUCCCAAUUUUAAAAAUACUACCUUAACUCAUAUACAAAAUUUCCCUCCCCAUUUAUCCACACGUAAUGGGUAUGAAUAUUCAGAAAAACUUGAAUGGUGACUCUCCUCCGUCUUCAUCACCAGACCCCCUAUGCAGUCACAAUCCAUAUGGGUGGAAAGUUCUUAUCAAUAUAAAAUUUAUCAAAUCCAAACAUAAGGUAGCUACUGUGAACCGUCGAGGAGUUCCCUUAACUCUCCUUCAUCUUCAUCACCAGACCUCUAAUACAGUCACAACCUAUCCAGGUGCAAAGUUCUCAUCAAUACAAAAUUAUCAAGUCAAAACACAAGGUAGCUACUGUGAACCGUCGAGGAGUUCCCUUAACUCUCCUUCAUCUUCAUCACCAGACCUCUAAUACAGUCACAACCUAUCCAGGUGCAAAGUUCUCAUCAAUACAAAAUUAUCAAGUCAAAACACAAGGUAGCUACUGUGAACCGUCGAGGAGUUCCCUUAACUCUCCUUCAUCUUCAUCACCAGACCUCUAAUACAGUCACAACCUAUCCAGGUGCAAAGUUCUCAUUAAUACAAAUUUAUAAAGUCCAAACACAAGGUAGCUACUGUGAACCGUCCAGGAGUUCUCUUCACUGUCCUUCGUCUUCAUCAUCAGACCCUUAAUACAGUCACAACCAUCUAGGUGGAAAGUUCUCAUCAAUACAAAUAAAUGAAGCCCAAACAAAAGGUACCUGCUGUAAAUCGUUGACGAGUUCCAUCGUCUGUGUAUCGGCUCCAUCAUCAGACCAACUCCAAACCUUCAUAAAAUUGUAGUAGUUUAAAAUACCUUAUGGAAACACUAACAAACGCACUAGCCGUCUCUACGAUUUUCAAAAGUUCCUCUCGAUUUCUCCAGGAUGCCAUCAUCAGAUCCUGACAUGAAAAAAAUGGGACCACCCUGGAAUCAAGCCCUUCAAAACAAAAAAAGAAUUUUCAAAAUCGGUCCACAAAUGACGAAAUUAUCGCUGGACAUACAUAAAAAAAAAAAAAAAAAAAAAAAAAAAACAUACAUACAGCCGAACGUAGAACCUCCUCCUUUUUGGAAGUCGGUUAAUGAAACUACAGUAGUUUUUGCAUAUUAUCCAAUAAUUGUUGAGCUAUUUAUAAAUAUACAUUUGUAAUACCUAUAAAUAAGAAGUUAUGUCCUACUGUGACAGAAAAAUAUUUGAAAUAUAUAGUUUUUCAGGCUUGUGUGUUAAAAACCCUAAAAAUAUAAGCGAAUGUCAAUAUUCAUACAUUACAUUACUAGUAGGUAUAAAAUAACAGCUUAAUUUAAAAUGUAGGUAUCUAUACAUUUCCGACAUUUACACAAUUAGUUUUCCUUUUUGUAAACAUUUAUAGCUGCUGGAUUUGAGUAAGUAUAAUAUAAUAGGUAAAUACUACACGUACACAAGCAUAUUUUUAUGGGUGUCUUGAUGCACCAUAACCUUGAUAUAACUUUCCCUUAUUAAAGUAAUACAUUGAUUACCUGCGGUGGCUACACCAUUGUCACUUUAUAAAAGCUGAACGUUUGUCAGCCGCUCAUCCUAUCGGUAGGUGACAGUACGUCAGGCAACUAUAAUAGAGCUUAGAGUUAGACCGUAUCGUAGCUUUUAAGGGCAGCAGCCCCUAAACGGCAUGUGGCACGUCGAUUCUCUUUCCACGAUCGCAAACGUUUCGAAAACUAGAAAAAUUUAUGGGAACAACAGGUCUUGAUCAAGUGAUCUGUCAAUAGCAAAUGUCAUUACCAUACAUUUUUCUAGUUGUCAAAGCGUUUGCGAUCAUAGAAAGCGAAUCUACUUGCCACUUGGCUACAAGGGCAGGAGUCAAGAGACCAGAGCUUCAACCUUCAAAGUGCUGUAUUGCACUUGUGUUUCUUAAUAUAAGAAAUCAUAAUAUACCUAUAUAUUGUAAUGCACCAAACUCCCUUGCCUACCUUUAGUAGGAGCAUGAACAGAUACUGUGAUACUUAUAAAAAUAUGACGAUGGUAUGGCCACCACGGGCUGCUAGACCAUAAAGUCAAAUUAAUAAACAUUUCCCCCUACUUUCACGCUGCAGUAUCGCCAAAAUGGCUACAGGAGCCCUCGGACGCCGCGGUGCUGGCGGGCGAGCCGGUGGCGCUGCACUGCCACAGCACCGGCUCCCCCACUCCUCACACCACCUGGAUGAAGCAGAGAGCCGGUUCUGCAACAGAUUUCGUGCCCAUAGUGAACCUCGGCGGAAGGUUCCAGUUCCUCACAAACGGAACCCUCUGGAUUGAGGCAGCGCUGGCUUACGACGAAGGAUACUAUAUGUGCAAAGCUGAAAAUGGAGUCGGCACUCCACUCUCCAAAACUAUUUUUGUAGCAAUUAAUGAGCCGGCGCGGUUCGAAGUGACGUCGCACAACGUGUCGGCGCGGCGCGACGCGGGCGCCACGCUGGCGUGCGAGGCGCGGGGCGACGCGCCGCUGCGGCUCGCCUGGUCGCGCGACGGGGCGCCGCUAGACCUGUCUACCUAUAGGUUAAGUAUAUCAGAAGCAAAGACUGAUAGUGGUUUAAGGUCCCAGCUGUACAUCAGCCGUACCGACCGGCAGGACUCGGGCGUGUACAAGUGCCAGGCGGUGAACGCGUACGGCCACGCCGACCAUUAUAUUUAUCUCUCCGUCCAAGAAAAACCCGAAACACCUCAAUCUUUAUCCGUAACCGAGAUCCAGUCGCGUGCGGUGCGGCUGUCGUGGAGCCUACGCUUCGACGGCAACUCGCCGCUGCUGGGCUACGCGCUGCAGUACACGGCGCUGUCGGCGCAGGGCGCCAUCCGCGUCUCGCACUGGGACGGCGCCACCACCGUCAACGUGUCGCUGCACGGCACCCACUCUCACUCGCACGUCACGUACGUUCAUUACUCGACGGCAACUCGCCGCUGCUGGGCUACGCGCUGCAGUACACGGCGCUGUCGGCGCAGGGCGCCAUCCGCGUCUCGCACUGGGACGGCGCCACCACCGUCAACGUGUCGCUGCACGGCACCCACUCUCACUCGCACGUCACGUACGUUCAUUACUCGACGGCAACUCGCCGCUGCUGGGCUACGCGCUGCAGUACACGGCGCUGUCGGCGCAGGGCGCCAUCCGCGUCUCGCACUGGGACGGCGCCACCACCGUCAACGUGUCGCUGCACGGCACCCACUCUCACUCGCACGUCACGUACGUUCAUUACUCGACGGCAACUCGCCGCUGCUGGGCUACACGCUGCAGUACACGGCGCUGUCGGCGCAGGGCGCCAUCCGCGUCUCGCACUGGGACGGCGCCACCACCGUCAACGUGUCGCUGCACGGCACCCACUCUCACUCGCACGUCACACUCACAAAGAAAGGCGACAUCCAUUACGAAGCGCUACUGAGCAGCCUACGACCACACACCGCCUACAUGAUCCGCAUCGCUGCCGUCAACCAGAUAGACCACAGUGCUUACACUGAAGCUGUCGUCGUCAAGACUCAAGAGGAAGCGCCAUCGGAGGCGCCGAGCGGCGUGUCGGUGUCGGCGGGCGCGGCGGGCGAGCUGCUAGUGGCGUGGCGCGCGCCGCCGCGGGACGCCUGGCACGGCGAGCUGCUGGGCUACUCCGUGGCCUGCGCCGAGUUGGGACCUGACGCCGUGCCGCUGCCGAACUCCACCAGAACUCUAACAGUAAACGGCUGGUCAGCCACCGAGCUGACGCUGUCUGCGCUGAAGAAGUUCACGCGCUACGAGGUGCGCGUGCGAGCCUUCAACGGCGUCGCCGCCGGGCCCGCCUCCGCGCCCGUCACUGCCACUACUCUAGAAGGAGUUCCAGAGGCGGCUCCGACAAGGGUGACGUGUUCUGCGCUGUCGUCUUCGAGCAUCAAGGUGUCGUGGGCGCCGCCGCCGCCGGCCUACCGCAACGGCAUCAUACAAGGAUACAAAAUAAUCUACGCGCCACUCUCCACGAGUCAUGCGGAGGGCGCGGAGAUCAAGCGCGUGUCGACGACGGAGACGUACCUGCACGCGCUGCACAAGUACAGCAACUACUCGCUGCAGGUGGCCGCCUACACCGCGGCCGGCGACGGCAAGCGCAGCGCGCCCGCCUACUGCAUGACGGACGAGGACGUGCCAUCAGCUCCAGAGAAGAUAAAAGCCUUGCCGUACUCCAGCGACUCGGUGCUGGUGAGCUGGCUGCCUCCCGUGCACCCCAACGGCGUCAUAUCGCACUACACCGUGUACUACCGGGAGGCGGGACGGUUAGGUAAACACUUGAGCUUCACAGUGUCGGCCGAUAACAACCCUGAAGUGGAGCUGAUGUUCCAAGUGAGGAACCUCAUGGAGAAGCAGCGCUACGAGUUCUGGGUGUCCGCCACCACCGGCUCGGGGGAGGGGGAGGCUACCCUCGUCGUGGGACAAGGGCCGAGCUCCAGGAUAUCAGCCGGGAUAGCGUCGUUCGGCGGCGAGCGACGCGUGGGCGCUGGGCGCGGCGCGCUGCUGGCGUGUGCGGCCGUGGGCGCACCCGCACCGCGCACACGAUGGGCGCACGCCCACGCGCCCGUCACGCACCACCGAUACUACCAGGUCACGCGCUCCGGACAUCUGCACAUACGAGAAGUGAACGAGCAGUCUUCAGGCAACUUCACGUGCACAGCCACUAACAGCAUCGGCGAGGACUCGAUCGUGUACGUGGUGAAGGCGGUGCUGCCGCCCGGCGCGCCGCAGCUGUCCCUGCAGUACACCACGGCCACCAGCAUCAAGCUGCACUGGAGCCUGCCCACGUCUGACAUCGACCAGCCUGUGCUCGGGUACAUUCUCCAGUAUAAGCAGGCCUCUGAAACAGAGUGGCACAGCAUCGAACUGUCUCCGGAACAGACUUCAUACACUAUGGACAUGUUGAAAUGCGGUACCACUUACAACGCCAAAAUACAGGCGCAAAAUAAAAUCUCUCUGGGACCCUCCAGCGAAGUACUCACAGCCACUACAAGAGGAGGACGUCCUAAAGCGCCCAAGGCCGAAGAGCACGUGCACACGAACGCUACGGCUAUCAAAAUAAACCUGUACGCGUGGCGCGACGCCGGCUGCCCCAUCCUCGGCUUCCGGGUGGCCUACCGCCGCGCCGGCGACGACCACUGGAUACAGGCCGGGGCGGGGCUCAGCGCGGCGCGGCACGUCGUGGGCGCGCUGGCGCCGGGCGCGUGGUACGAGGUGGCGGUGGAGGCUUGGAGCGACGCCGGCGUCGAGCGCGUCACGCUGCUGGCCGACACGCACACGCUCGCCGGAGGGCGCAUUCCCCCGCUGCGCGCGGCGCCGCCUCCGUCGGGAGCGCGCACGGGCGCCAUGCGCACGGCGCUGGUGUGGUGCGCGGCGAGCGCUCUAGUGGUCGUGGGCGCCUUGGCUGCCAUCUUGUGUGUCCUACACGCUAAGCGGAAAUUCUUCUGUCUGUCCAACGACCACUACUUGCGAGACAACCGCAAGCUGAGCGAGAGCAACGAGGCGGAGCGCGAGAAGCUGCGGGAGGGACACAAGCUGUACUCCUCCUCCUCCAUCAACGGCAAUGAGAAAUCGAAUGAUGACUCCUCAGCUGAGCUGUAUGAAAUUAGUCCAUACGCGACAUUCGGGGGCGGCGCAGCGGCGCAUUCACUGCAGUUUCGUACGCUUGCACGGCGAGACGAUGACGCCGCGCCGCCGCACCGACGACGAAGGCGUGCUUGCGACCACUAUAGAUACGACGAAUCAAGUUUAUCCAAAUGUUCUACAGUGGAAGCGAGACAUAGACUGCGCGCUGCCCCUGCCCCUGCACCCACACCUGCUCCCGCUACGCACUGGCGGGAACGCUCAGAUUCGGAUGAUUAUAGUGAUAGUGCUGCCAACACUACCACUAAAGGUUCAGGUGGUUCUGGCGGCGGCAGCGCGUACGGUAGCGGGCGGCGCACCGCCAGCAGUGGAGGUCAAAAUGGGAGCGACGGUCUGUCGGGGGUGUUCGCUCCAGUACCUCCCGAUAUAUCUUCACUAAUAGAUAAGUACCAACAAAGGAAAGAACAAGAACGUCGGGAAUGCACAAUUCACGUCUAACAUUCCAUGGUCCAUUGUAGAUUUUAUAUUACUCGUAUUUAGAGUUCAACAAUUAAAUCAAACAACCGCUCAAAGCAACCUCAUCUGUUUUAUAUAAGUUCUUAAGUAAGAUAAGUUUCGUUGCGCAAAAAAAAACUAUUCUGAUAAAGUAACUACUUGAUAGCUUUUUAUUAAAUUUAUAGCAACUUUUAGAUUCUUGACCAUUUUUAAAGUUUUAUAAAAAUACUGCAAAUGUUGAAACUUUACAUAAUAGAGUUAGAUCACAGUGCAAUCUGACACAGCUUAUUUUUACAAAGAUGAAAUCGUGUUAGUGACGAUUUCGUGUUUGCGGAGACUUGAUCUACUCGUAUGACACUCUGGCGAGAAAGGUAAUUAAAAAAAGGCGUUACCUAGCUUCACAAGGCUGAUUUUUAAAAUAAUCCUUAAGGCAGUUGCCCAGUUUUAGCUGUCUUCAACCGACACAAAAGGAAAUCUCAUCUCAAAUCGUUUGUAUGUUUAUUUUUAUUUUUAUAUGUAUGUUACGCGAUUACUUGAAGACGCCAUGAGCGAUUUGGAUAAUUGAAUUUUGUUCAAAAGAGUAUACUAUAUAGUAUGGUGGCCCAUUGUCAUCUAAUUAUCAAGAUCAAAGGAUGGGAUCAGAUCUUGACCAGAAAUCGAGUUGAACUUUGAUAAAUUGUAUGUAUGACAUUUUUUUUUCAUAAAGUAUUUUAAAGCACUACAAUGUAAUAAAGGUCUGAAGUCGAUGUGAUGAUAAAGCUGAAACACAGAUGAGGAAACUCAUCAUUAUCAAACCCCUUAUGACAAUGACAAACCAUCUAGGUGUAAGUUCUCAUCAAUAUAAAUAAAUAUGUCAAAUCACUAGGUAGCUACUGUAAACCGUUGACAAAUUCCCUCAUCUAUUUUUUUAGCUCUAUCAUUAGAUUGACUCCAGACCUAGUGCUUUAAAAUACUUAAUGAAUAAAAUAAGAAAAGUAUUAGUCAUUCCUACGGUUUUUGAAAGUUCUUUCUGAUUUCUCCAGGAUUCCAUCAUCAGAUCCUGACAUGAUGACAAUGAAACUGCCACAAGAGUAAAUUCUUUUAAACAAAAAAAGCAUUGUCUAAAUCACUCCAGGUGUCAUUUUGUCGAUGGCAGGAUGUCGAGGAAUCACAUAACAUACAAAAAAAAAUAGAAUUAGAACUUUAUAGUGUCUGACAAAAGAUUUUGACAAUGCAAAGACACUUGAUGCUUCUUCAAAAUAAUAUUCUACAAAAUAUGUAAAAAUUUAAGGUAGGUAACCAUUUUUAAUAGCUACUUUUUUCACCUAGUUCCGAGCCCAGGUGUCACAGAGCAAGUCUCCACAAAUGCGCAGGUAUUCAAAGCACAUGAGACACUACUUAAACCCUAAUGGUUUCAUCUUUGUGAAAAUAAGCUGUGUCAGAUUGCUCUGGGUUCUUGGUCUCUAUAGGUAUAUUUGGGAUCAGCUGAUGCAACUAUCGAAAUAAGUUAAGCCUAUAAUAUUAAGAAAAACUUUCCUUUUUAUUUUCAUGAGGCAUUUCCUCAAAAUAAUUUAAUAAGCAGCGCUGUUUACGUAAUUUAGAAUUUUUGAUUGCACAUAUUGAUUUUAUGUUUGAUUAAACUUACCUACGAUGAAGGUCAUACUAAUUAUGUAAAAAGAAAGUUCAUAAACACUUUCAAACCAUAGCAAGACGAGGCUUACAACUUGUGAUUUCGUCGUUCGAACGACAUUCAAUAGCUAAGUGUUAAUAAAGUUUUAUUACUUAAAUAGAGAAUAAUAUUUACCUAUAUAAUGUGAUUUAUUUAAAUGCUGUUAAUGACAGUUUUUUUACAAAAUAGUAUUGUGAAUUGUGGUGAAUGGAUGUGUAAAUAUUAGUAAUAUAAGUAGAAAAUUUGAUUGCUAUUAAUUAUAAUAUGUGCGCUGAAUAAAAGAAAA